AUGAAUGAAAGCUUAAGCGUCGGGGAAACAUCCUCCGCCCCUCGAAAGAGAAGAGGAAAGUAUUGUGCAGCCUUUGAAUGCAAUAAUAGCGCCUAUAAUGUAAACGGUACUCAUACAAGUUAUCAUUUCUUCGAGUUUCCCAAGGACGCUCAGCGAAGGAAUCGGUGGUGUUCACUUAUCAAGCAGCGACACGGACAGGACGGCUUUGUUGUUUCCACCGCCACUGUCCUCUGUCAUGAGCAUUUUCGGGCAGAAGUAUUCUCGAAAAAACUUUAUGGUCGCUGGAAUUUGAAGACAGGUGCAGAGCCAUGUAUAUUUAGCUGGACAAAGCAAUCAAACCAAAGAAAGGCACCAAAGGAAAGAAAGAUGGACGAGUCAACUGUUGGAGUAGCAGCAUCAGCAUUGCAGUUUGGAUCCUGCUCAGUAUUUCCUUCUAUCGAUGCGUCAACUGAUGCUGCUCAUUCAUUUUCAGAGUGUGAUGAAAAUGCUGCUGAAGUGGAGUGUGAGUCCCCUCAAACAGAGCCUGAUUGUGUCCUUGAUCUGCAAAGGAGAAUUGAAUUGCUUGAAACUCAGGUAGCUGACUGCCAGGAAAAACUCAGUGAAGCAGAAAAGGAAAAUGCUGUGUUAUCGGAAUGUCAAUUUUCCAUUGACAAAAUUAAAGAUGACAAUGCUGCUGUUUUAUUUUACACCGGAUUCCCAAGUUAUGAGGCAUUAAUAAGCUUCUACAAAUACAUUGAGCCAAAGCUUUCCAAAAUGUUACUGGAAGGGUGAAAAUCUAGUAAAGGAAAGCCAGCCUUAUCAACUGUCUGUGGCCUUCUGACAAACUUUUUACCCCCUUUACUGCCACUGGCCAAUCUUUGAUUCUAGUUUUUGCUGUCUAUUUAUUAUUAGGUAGAAAUGUUUACAUUUUUUGCAUUUUAAAAUUGUGGCAGAAGCCCAGCUAUCAGUCUAAGCCUGCUUCCCGUAAUCAACCCCUUGGGUUCCAUUAAUUUUGUAUUCCAAAUAAUAGCACUUGCAUGUCAAUGCAUAUUAAUAACUAUUGGGAUUCCAUAUAGUAAGUUAUCAUGGAACCAAAAAUUCCCACUUUAUUUCAUUUAAAAAUGAAAUUGUACAUGUAUUUUUACACAGUGCAUGCUAGUAGACAAGAAUGGUUUUGAAUUGUUCCCUUGAUUUAUUUAUUGUUCACCUUAUGUUGACCUCUGAAGUUUUAACUUUAAACCAUUUCUUGAGCAUGAAUAGUGUCAGUAUGGAAGCCAACCACCAUGUAGGUAAAGGACUUUCCCUCUUUUAACUCGUUCAGUUAGCAUCUCAGGGAAAAAAGCCCUUCGAUAAAAAUAAUCAAUCUUUGGCAACAAUUCAUCAUACCAUUUGCUGUUUUGAAAGUGGAUUUUUUCAAUAAACAGUGGCAUGUUUUCUCCAAA